UCUUGCUGUCAAGCAUGAAGAAACUAAGUAGUGUCAAAUUACUGGCGUUAUUGUUAUUUGAUGGAAGCUAUUUAAAAAAAAUCAAGGCUAAUUGGGUUAAUCUGGUCUUUGAAACAUUAGUCAGAAUUCUAAGAAUGUGAACUCAGUAAUAGCUUCGAUCGCGGUUUAGAAAUUUUUGGUUUUAGCACAUAAUGCUGGGUAGCUUGGUUUUAUUCUUGUUUGCAAUUGUUCCAGUCAUGGGAUAUGACCUCCGGAUAGCGUCGUUGAAUUUUACCCCGAACCCGAGUUACCUUCUUCUCAACUAUUCCCUGAGACACCACAAGUACUUAGGAUAUAACGUGACUCUGUUGAAGCCUAUCCCUGGAAUAAUAGUGUCAAGUAAAAUUGUGUAUAUCCAAAAUAAUAGAAGCGGAAUCAUAUUCCAGAAGCGAGUGGAUGUGUGCAAGUUGAUAAAAGGCAAGAUUUCAAAUCCGAUCAUAAAUGCAGUACUUCUAGGAAUCAUAAGAUUAGCCAAUACUAAAUCGCUAGAAUGCUCUCUUUGUCCUGGAUCUUACUAUGGAGAAAAUUAUCAUAUUCCUUCUGAAAAUUUGCCAUUGCAUAUGCUUUACCGACAAAAUAUAAGUUAUGAAACGAAAACUACUUUCAACGGUAUAUUUCCUCCCAAGAAAGAAGUGCAGAUUUUAGAUAUAAUGUCAGUUUUUACAAUUGUGAAGGGAAGAAAUGAUUAACAUGUGGAAAAAAUUGAUUCGUAUGUGCAAGUGUUAAGUUUUGUUGUUGAUUUAUGGAUCUCUCAUUGACAAUAAACGUACCCACUACGAGGUGA